AUGGAGGCCGUAAACAACCUGCUGAGCAUGGUAGAAGGCGUCCAGAUCAACCAGGUCGAGUACUGCUUGUCGCGCUACUUGGAGCAAGGAAUGACUCUGGAAACGGCUGCAGGCCUCGCUUUCAACGACCUGGAGAGCACAGGACGACCGGCCGGUCAACAGAACACCCAGUCGGCGAUCCCAAGCACAGCGGCAGCAGCAGCUGGAGCAAGUGAGGAGAAUGCCGAGGAGGAGGAGGAGGAAAUGGAAUUUGCAGACCCUCCAGAUCUUCCUGAGCUGCAUCCGCAAGAGAGACGACCACCCAUCCCAGUGACACCGGAAGGAUGGAAGGCUUGCUGGUGCAGGGAGUCGAAGCAGUACUACUACUGGAACCGGAUCCGAAACACCACGCAGUGGGAAUGGCCAUUGGAGGGCGUGCCCGAUGACAUGUCCAUUGCCAUGGUCGACAAGAUGGUGCACGAGAUGACCAACGCUGCCGGCGUCACAGAGUUCAAGGCCAAGGUCAAGCUGAUGCUGACAGGCUUUGACAUGCAAGCGGCGAUGAGGCUCAUACAGGAAGAGCAGCAGCGGAUGCAACAGGUCUCUGUUCGAGGCAUUCUUGGGCUUCAAACUAUUUACAACUAUUUCCUUCUAAUUCGGUCGUGUUUGCGAGCGCUGGUGGAGGGAGCACCCAUUCCCCAGAACACCCAUGCCCAGGCACUGUGA